GAACAAAUUUGUUAUGUCCCAAUCCUCUCAGGUAGCCUGAACACACGGUGUCGCUUCGUGGAUUUUGUGCCUUAACCCUAAAACGAACAAUAUAACCGACACACCUUGGAACGGGACGCGCAUUUAAUACAGCCGCCUCCCUUCUACCGCGCCCAGUAUGGUCCUGUCAUCUAAUAUAGGUUAACGACCGCUGGUUCCGCCGGAUAGCCAAGGAUUAACUCGGUUCCCUAUUGUCGCCCCAAGCGCCGAAACAUGGCUCGAGGCUUAUUUUACUUCAGCUGUGUCCUUUGUAUGGUGGUCUGCGGAUCUGCAGGGUCUUGUAUCCAACAUUCCAUACAGGCAGAAACGCCCGAGCUGUCUGGGGCCGGGAAGGCCCUCUCCAAAGAUCCAGGCUUCGUGGCGGGGUUGGCCCUGGCGGGAUCCUCGGCUUUGAGAAGGGACCGGAGUAAGAGAACGAAAGCGGAUGAAGUCCUUUCUCACAGAGGCGAAGAGCUCAAAGUCCUGAGGCGCACAAAGAGACGCUGGAGUCCCUUGCCCUUCAACAUAAAAGAAAACGACCCGCCUCCUUUUCCAAAGGAAGUCGAAAUUGUUGGGUCGGACAGCUCGGCGAACUACACGGUCUUCUACCGGAUCGAAGGCCCGGGCGCCACGGAGCCGCCCGUCGGCCUGUUCUCGGUCGACCCCAACACAGGGAUGCUGAAAGUGCACCAUUCCGUGAACCGGGAGGAUUACAAACAGUUCAUAUUUAUAGCGAGGGUGUUCGACAAAAGGACGCAGCUGGAGACUGACCUCCCGCUCCCGAUCACGGUCAACGUGAACGACGUGAACGACAACGCUCCGCAAUUCGUCGGCUCCCUCGUCGUGUCCGUGCUGGAGCAUUCCAGCGCAGGAACGGAAAUUGGGAAAAUAAAUGCAACUGAUACCGAUGAGCCAGAUACACUUCACACAAAGAUCCGGUACUCCCUCCUCAACGGGACGCAGCUGUUUCGCAUCAACCCUGAAACUGGGGUAAUUUAUACAAAAACAGCUACUCUUGACAGGGAGGUGCAAGACAAGCAUUUCAUUAAUGUGAAAUUACAAGACAUGGACGGUGCACCCGAUGGACUUUCCACAGAAGGGACGGUCACCGUCUUGUUGAUUGACAUUAACGACAACCCGCCUACUUUCAGAGAGAAAAAGCACACUGGAAAGAUCGAAGAGAACAAAGCGGACGUCCUGCUCCUCAGGAUCCCGGUGGAUGAUAAGGACCUGGAGAAGACCCCAAACUGGAAGGCGGUGUACGUGAUCAAAAAGGGGAACGAGAACGGGAAUUUCAGGAUUGAAACAGACCCGAUAACCAACGAGGGACUUCUCUACGUUGUUAAGCCUUUGGAUUACGAGGCGACUCCGAACAUCAGGCUGGAGGUGGAGGCCGAGAACGAAGCCAAGCUCGUCGGCACCAAAUCCACGUGGGCUUCCAUCCCGGUGGACAUAGCGGUGAUAAACGUGGACGAAGGCCCGGAAUUCUCCGCCCCGAUCCUGUCCCUCCGGGUGAAGGAGGACGUGCCGAACGGAACGCUCAUCGGGACCUACAAGGCCACCGACCCGGAAACGAAAAGCAGCGACGGCAUUAAGUACUACAAGAUGUCGGACAUCGCCUCCUGGAUCGAUGUCGAUGAAGCUACGGGACGCCUCAACACCAGGAUGGCUUUGGACAGGGAGUCUCCGUUCGUUAUAAAGAAUCUGUACAACAUCACAGUGCACGCCGUCGACGCGAGCUCGAAGACAGGCACAGGGACCGUCCUGAUGCUAAUCGAAGACGUCAACGACAACACGCCGACCAUCCCGGCGAAAGAAAUGACCCUGUGCGAAAACGAAGGAGUGCGCUCGGUUCUGCUGGAGGCGGAGGACAAAGACGAUCACCCCUUCUCCGACCCCUUCACCUUUCAGCUUGGCGCAGGGCACGAUGGGAAAUGGAAGCUCACAGAUGUGACAGCGACCUCAGCCAGGCUCCAGCCGGCCCAGGACCUCCCGACGGGGCUGUACCACGUCCCGGUGCUGGUGGAGGACCUGCAGAGUUUCGGGGUGGUGCAGACGGUGGCGGUGAGGAUCUGCGAGUGCCGCAGAGGGGAGUGCCCCGCCCAGAAGAGCUCCGUGGCCCUGGGCGUGUGGGCCGUCCUGGCCAUGCUGCUGGCACUGGCCUUACUUCUGCUGCUCUGCAUCUGCUGCGUGUCCGUUUGCACGACGCAGAAGGAGAAAAUUUACAUCGACGACGUGAGCACAGGCAUGCUGCUGAAGUCCAACACCGAGGCGCCAGGAGAGGAGGUGAACUCGGGGAUCCUCAUCCUCCCAUCGUCGGCGCUGGACGGGUCGGUGAAGCUGGGCCACAUGGACCGGCUGGCCACCCUGAGCUCCAGCAGCAUGGGCGGCAAGCUGAACCACGCGAACCACGUGUUCCAGGAGAGCGUGCAGGACGGCAUGUUCCAGGCCUCCGCCGCCGCCGCCGCCGGCAACGAGGUGUCCGCGGCGGACGCCCGCAACCUUUUCGGCUCGGGCCGCCGCGGCUCGGGACACUACGGGUUGGGACACUACGGGUCGGGGCACUACGGCUCGGCCCACUACAGUUUGGGCAGGUUCAACUCGGGACACUUCAGCGGGACCAUGCGGUCGAAUUACGGCGAGGGGACCCUUCAAAAAUACGCGGAGUUUUCCUCUUUGGACACGUGGAGGACAAAUGAGGCGUAUCUAGAAAAGAAGCUGGUGUUCUUCGCCACGGAGGACGAGGGCCGGUACGCGGACGACCAGCCGCGGGAGUACGAGUACGAGGGCCAGGGUUCCCCCGCCGGGUCGGUGGGGUGCUGCAGCGACCAGGCGGACGAGGACGGCCUGGAGUUCUUGGACGCGCUCGAACCCAAGUUCAAAACGCUGGCGGAGCUCUGCGCUCCAAAGUGAGGCCGUUCACUGACUGUGGCUGCUAAUAGUGCUGAAUGGGCAAAAAACCCGCCUACUCAGAGUCAACCAAUACACUGUUUUAACAGUGAACUCUGGGUAAAAACACUACUCAGAGUCAACCGCUACACCGUUUUAACACUGUACUAUGAGUAAAAACACUACUCAAAGUCAACACUGUAGUAACACUGUACUCUGGGUAAAAUCUGACUCAAAGUCAACCAUUAGUUUGUGUUAACACUGAACUCUGGGUAAAAUCCCACCUACUCAAAGUCAAUUGUUACACUGUAUUAACACUGUACUCUAGGAAAAAUUCUACUCAGAGGCUAAUAUAUUAAUGCUGUAUUAUAGGUAAAACCCUACUCAAAUUCAGCUUUUAUGCUGGUGUAUUAACACUACUCAAAAAAACAAGUCAAUUGUUACACUGUACUAAGAACGCACACUGUAUGCUUCGCAAAGGCAAGUACUACACUGGAGUAUUAAUAAGGUAUUAUAAGAGGAACCCUACUCAAAGUCAGCUAUUACACUGUAUGAACCCUUUGCUGAAAAGCAGCAGCUAUGCUGUUGCAUCAUGGGAAAAAAAGCUUUGCUCCAAUAUAAUAACUGAAUUGUAGCAAUGCUGUACCCUGGAUAGAACACCUUACCCAAAGACAGCUACUCAGAUAACAGUAUUAAUACUAUGUCCAGGGGUAUGCAGUUGACUCACAGACAACGAUUACAUUCUUGUUCUAAUGAUAGACCCAGGGCCAAAACCCCUCAUUUUCACAACUCAUGGUUAUACUCUGCUGGACUAACACUGUACUCUGGGUACCCAUUUGAAUGUGCUGCCAUUUUGUAUGAAUUAAUUUGUAACAAGGCUUGGAAAUUUUUAUAUUGAAUUUUGACGUGUGUAAAUUAAUAUUUCUCGUUUCUAAAGUGAAAACAAACUAAAAAGAUUCACACAAUCUGGAUUUUUAAAAAAAAAUGGUUAUAUUGUGUACAGUGUGUAGUCAUAUUACUUUUGAACACACAAGGCCUACUGUGAGAACAAGAACUCAGUAAAAUAGUAUAAUUUGUGGAAAUGUAUAGUUCAUUGCAUUUAAUAACAAAGAAUUUUUCUACUUUGUCGUACUCUUGCAUCACAACUGCUUAUUCUCUUAAUAUAUAUUUUUUAUUUUUUUAUUUUUUUGGAUGAAAUGUGACUGCGUAUCAAAAUGGUAAAGUAAAAAACGGUGAAAAACAGGCUUGCUUAACUGACAGCGAAUAGGCGCAUCGAUACACUAAGUUCAUGCAUUCUCUUUCAGGAAUUGGCUAAGGAGGUUGAUUAUGUGUCAUUAUACUUUCUUAUGGUUGCAGAAUGGACUGAAGUGAAGGAAUUUGGGGAAUGUUUGUAUUUUUUUUUUUUUUUUUUUAAACAGUGAAUAUAAAAGAUUCAAUUCUAGCAUGCUUUUAAUAGUAAAAAAAUGUUUCUAAAAUUUUAAAUGAUAAAUCUUCCUUCUUAUGGGUUGGUGCUGAACAAAGGUUUAUUUCAUACUUUAUGCAAAAUACGCUACAGCCUGAAUAAAAUUACAAUGUACCUCUACCUAUAAUUCAUGGCAUUCCCAAAAAUUCACUCAUGAUUGUGAACAAAACAGAAAACGAAACGCUUUGAUUUAUUUGGUUGUCAAAAUUGAUGUGUAAAACAUGUUUGUUGUGCAAAAAAAUCUGGUUCUGUUUCUCACGUCACGUCCUAAAAUCUGUCAAAUAAAGUGAUUUUGCUUUCCAAA